UCGGUGAUGUACCCUGAAAUUGCUGCGACCCAAGUGGUUUAUUAGGGUUAAACCCCAUUUAGGGGGGAAGAAGCUUGCAGAAUAGAGAGAUGGCUUCGGAAGGGGGGAAGGAAGAGUUCUACCUGAGAUAUUAUGUCGGACACAAGGGGAAAUUCGGGCACGAGUUCCUGGAGUUCGAAUUUAGACCCGACGGUAAGCUCCGUUAUGCUAAUAACUCCAACUACAAGAACGACACCAUGAUCAGAAAAGAGGUCUUCCUCACCCCCGCCGUUCUCAAGGAGUGCAAGCGUAUCGUCGCCGAGAGCGAGAUUAUGAAAGAAGAUGAUAACAACUGGCCGGAACCUGACCGUGUUGGGAGGCAAGAGCUCGAGAUCGUGAUGGGAAAUGAACAUAUCUCCUUCACUACCUCAAAAAUUGGAUCCCUGGUUGAUGUCCAGAGCAGUAAUGAUCCUGAAGGACUUCGCAUCUUCUAUUAUCUUGUUCAGGACUUGAAAUGUCUUGUGUUUUCCCUCAUCUCGCUGCACUUCAAAAUCAAGCCCAUUUAGAAACGAAAUCAGUGGUACAUUUGAAAUGGGUUCUUCCUCCAGAUUCUGAUGACUUUGUGAGGCUUGUCUCUGGUCUUCAAGUGGAAGUUUAGAGUUUUUUUUUUUUUCUGCAAUGUGAUGCAUGUGUCUGGUUAAAUUUCAAUGUUGAGUGACAUACCUCUUCCUUUUGUCAUUGUUUCGUUUUAUGAUCAUGUAGCCAAUGGUAUUGAUCAAUGAGUGGUCAUUUGAGGCAUCA